AGUCGCACAGGCAAGGCACGGGACAGUCGUGAGUCGCAACUUCGCAUCCUUCUCUUCCUGUUCCUCUCCAGGCUCCGCCAGACCGCCAUUAGCCCGAAGUUCCCAAACCCUAGCUUGCUCCGGCGCUGCCUUCCGCCGGUCCGCCCAUCUGCCGCGGACCGCCGUGGAUCCCGCGCUGCCGGCCCGCUUUCACUUCCCCGCUCCCGUCACCCCACAGGUGCGCUUCCGGUUCCGGGUUUCCCAGCUCUCGCGUGAGGUGCCGGAUCAAAGCAAUCGGCCACCAUGCAGGCUAGCGAUAGGUUCAACAUAAACUCUCAGCUUGAGCAUCUUCAAGCUAAAUAUGUCGGUACAGGACACGCUGACUUGACCAGAUUUGAAUGGGCUGUGAACAUCCAGAGGGACAGCUAUGCCUCUUAUAUUGGGCACUAUCCAAUGUUGGCGUACUUUGCCAUUGCUGAGAAUGAAUCGAUUGGAAGAGAACGUUACAAUUUCAUGCAGCCGCCGCCUCUUCUCUCGCGCUGCGCCGUCGCCGCUCCUCAGAUCCAUGCACCGCCAGCACGUCAUCGCUGCUCCUCGGCUUGGAUCAACGCACCUGCGCCACCACUGAUGCUGCUCCUUCCAGUCAACUUACGAAUGGCAUUGGGAAGUCUGAAAGAAGAGCACAGCAGCGUGGUUGCUGUGUGGUUGUCACUUGUUGCUGACAUCCUGUGUGGUUGUUUGAACUUAAUUUAGAACCAUGUUGACAUGCUUUUAAUUUGGUUUAUGCGCUGGUGCAUUUAUUUGCCUAGGUGAUUAUAAAUAUUAAUCAUUAUUAAAUUAUAUUUCCGUGUGGGCCAUAUCAGCAUUUUGGGGAAUAUGGCGCAUGCGUGUCCGCUACGUGUCGUGUCCGAUACGCGUGUCGGAGUCGGUGCAACGUAGCCUAAUACUAGAUGAUAGCUGCAAGCCUGCAAGUAACAAAAACAGGUCUUAGCCAAUUAACAUAUCACUGAAGCCAGUUCUGUUAGUGGUUGUACUCACAGCUAAUCUGUUAAGCAAACGAGUUCAAAACCUUAGCUCAGUCUCCCUUGUAACCAAAUAUGUAUUGGGUAAAUAAGUGGAGACAUUUAUAGUGUGGUUCAGCUUAGUAGUGCUGUUGCACGUGAAACUGCAUGAGAAAAACAAAGCUGGAGUACAGAUAAUUUGAUAAUGAGCCCUAAUACACUAGCGUGAGCUUGUCAUCUUGCCUCCCAUCUAGUUCAUUUGAUGUCCAAUUUUGCAAGCUAAAUGUGUUAAUAGGAUCAGUAGAUCGGAAGGUCUUUGUUUUGCUGCUUGUUGUCGCAACUAGUUAUGUCCCUCGUGAGUGCGGCACACACCUUUUUCUUUGUUUCGGAGCGGGGUGUUUCACUCGUUUAACAGUUGUUUAUUUUGAUAUUUAGCCAUGACUAGUGUACAGACUACAGACUGUUUUUGCAUCUUUGACCAUUUUAUAACAAACAGUUCUAUUGAUGAGGAAUUGCAAUAUGAAGUAUUAAUCCACUGUUUCU